AUGCUAUUCCUCUACUAUCUACUUUUCAAACCUCAAAUUAGAAGCAUUGAAAACUUCUAUUAUUUGUUUCACAUAACAACAAAGUCAACAACCGAUUUAGAUUUUCAAGAAAGUUUUGGUGGUGCUGCACCAUUUGAAUCAAAAAUCAGUGAAGAUGAUAAGAAAGCAUCCAGAGUUGUCCUUGAAAAGGAUAAUAAUAAAGCAGCAUUCAUUAUUGAUGCAGAAGCCGAUGGUGAAGAUAAUCUGAAAUCCUACCUUGAAGGGAUGAUCAAACCUCCCACAUCAUCAGGUAUUCUCGCCUCUUUUUUACAUCAUUGUCACAUCCUACAACAUCAUUCACCUAUUGUUAUUUCAAAGUUCCCACAUCUGAAAGCACACCAAUCACCUACAACACUUUAUCCUUUACAAUAUCACACAUACAUUGUGAAUCAUAAGGUAUUUCAUGAAAAAUUUAAACUAAAUAAUAAUCAUCAUCAUCAUCAUCAUCAUCAUCAUCAUCAUCAUCAUCAUCAUCAUCAUCAUCAUCAUCAUCAUCAUCAUCAUCAUCAUCAUCAUCAUCAUCAUCAUCAUCAUCAUCAUCAUCAUCAUCAUCAUCAUCAUACAAAAAGAACACUCUGGAAACGUUUAGGGUCUAAGAUUGAGAAAGUCAUGGAAUCUAUGAAAAAGUCCAAGUUUGAUGGUCCUAUUGUAUCUCUACCACGUGAUCCUCUCAGUGCACUGAUAUCAUCUCGUAAGAGGUUUGAGUUUACCGACGAUAACACUCUAAAGUUGGUGAACAGAGAUAUUACAAACAAAUUACACACGUUCAUCAAAUCAAAUUAUCGCAAAUCAAGAGGAGUUUACAUUCAAGGACCACAGGGAGUAGGUAAAUCACAUUCCAUUUAUCAAAUAGUUGUCAAACUCCGAGUUGAAGCACCAAACAAUCGUGUCAUAUACAUCCAAGACUGUGCAAAUUGGGCAGCUGGUGAUCCCUAUCUUUUUUUCGUACAGGCUCUGGAAACUGGAUUUGGUCUGGCAGGAGAUUCAUUUAUUAGAGACACUUACAAUUCAAUCAUAAAUGAAGAACAGUUAUACUUGUUUAUGGAUAAAUUAUCAGAUUAUUGCAAUGAUCAAGAUCUCUGUGUAUAUUUUAUCUUUGAUCAACACAACUCUCUCACCAACUCUCAAAGAACAAGUUGUCCCUUUUCAAUAGUAGAGAGCUAUCUUGUCAACAAUAUUGGUUGGUGUAACAAUCUCGUAGUUGUAUCUGGUUCUACAAACAACAAUUACUAUCUCAAAGUUGCCAAGGACAAUGAAUGGCCUGUGUUUUACUUUUUUGAUGGUUUCUGUGACAAUGAAUUCAAGGAAUGGGUAGAAAUUCACAAACAAGAUCUCGGUAACCUCACAAGUAGUGAUAUACAGACCAUCAAAGAUCUCACCAAUUUUAUUCCAAUUGAACUCAAAUAUAUAUUAGACGAACAAAAGAAACAACAGAAUCAACAAUCACAAUCACAAUCACAAUCACAAGUACAAGAACAAACACAAGGCUCCACUUUCAAUAAUGUUCUCACAUCGUAUAAGUCGUGGCGAAAAUCACUGAUCACUCAACAAGACAAUUACUUUUCUAAUGAGUUCCUUACAACCGACAUUCUUCACAAAGAAUAUAGAAGAGCAAUUGUAUUUAUGCAACACAAUGUAUCUGUAACAGACGAAUCAAUAUUUCUCAACAAACAACUAUUGUACAAAAGUCAGGAAGACCUCAUAUUGCCUCUUUUCCCAUUGGUCAGAGAUAUUCUAAUUAUGCGUUAUAUGACACCCACCCAUCUCGUUGUACAAGAGUUUUAUCAAUCUGUCUUUUCCAAGAAGAUCUCGUUGACCAAAGAUGCUGUUGGAAGAAUCCUAGAGAAAUAUCUUAUUGAUACAUUGUUGGAACACAACCUCUUACAAGUGCAGCCCGCACUGGUGACAGGAACAGAUGACAGAAAAGGUGUUACCUGCUAUAAAUAUGCCCUUUGUUCACAAGUCGUCUUUGCAUGGGACAUAGUCCAAUAUAUCGUGGCUCAAAAUGAUUUAUCACAAAUCGAUUGGUCUAAGCCCUCACUUAUCAUUCCUCGUGCCUCUAACUACAAGAUGGCUGAUUGGUUCUUCUGGAAUCCUUCCUCAAAGACUCUGUCUGCUUUCCAGGUUACUAUUGGUUCAAAACACGCUAGCAAAUGGGCUGAAUCCGGUCUCAGAACCCAAUUCCAAAACUCUUGUCACUUUACUAAAGAUAUUUUUGUUUGGAUUGUGAAGAAUGAUUUUGACUAUAAACUGAAACACUUUAUUAAUCAAUACUUUAUUACCAUUCCAGAAUUAGCAAAUAACAGAAUGUUUGAUUUACUUAAACAAUUUACUGUAUAA